CCGCUGGAGGCAAGUGAGGCCGAGAAGAGUUAAAUACAGCAAAAAAGAUAUCGGAAAAGAUAUAUUCAGACAGACUCGAUGAGCUCCAGUGCGCGCCCAGCAGCCAACAGCCAGUAGCCCCCACGCACCGCCUUCCCCAGCCAGUUACUACUCUGCUCCCGCAACUUGCUUCUCUCUCUCGGUACUCUCUCGACGAUGGCCGCCCAAAUCGUCCUUGUCCGGUCCGGCGUCCCUGUCCCCCAAAAUUAAAGCACAGCACAGAGCCACGAGCUAGCGAUUCCAACGAGUGGCUGCUCAUGCGGGCAGCUGGGCUGCUACGAGCUGCGAGCUAGCUCUCACAUGGAGAGGAACGGCGGGGGCGAGGGGCGGGUGCCGCUGCGGCAGCAGCUGGAGGCGGCGCCGAAGCAGACGCGGCGCGGCGGCGGCGGGUUUGUGCUGGCCUCGGCGCGCGCCUCGCUGGGCGUGUGCUUCCUGCUGGUGCCGGCGCUGCUGCUGCUGCAGCGGUGGCAGGCGGGACCCGUGCCGGUGUGGAUCUUCGAUACCCCGCCGGAAGGAGACGGCCGAGAUAUGAAAGAUGAUAUAGCUGAUGAUCUAUCUCCAUCUGCCCAAAUUGAGUAUGAUAAACUUUUGGGUGGUCUUCUCAUCGAGGGAUUUGAUGAAAGAUCUUGUCGAAGCCGAUACCAGUUUGCACGCUAUCACAGGAAUGCCGCGCGGGUACCUUCUGCAUAUCUCAUAGAGAGGUUAAGGAGACAAGAAGCACUGCAGAAAAAGUGUGGUCCGGGCACAAAAUCAUACAACAAAGCAUUAAAACAACUGAGCUCCGGUCAAAGCAUCAACACGACAGAUUGCAACUAUCUGUUCCUCAUAAUUCACGCUGGGUUGGGGAACCGAAUGCUCGAGAUCACUUCAGCAUUCCUUUACGCGCUCCUUACGGACCGGAUUUUGCUGGUGGACAGGUACAAGGAGAUUGCUGACAUUUUCUGCGAGCCUUUCCCAGAAACUUCUUGGUUAAUUUCUUCAGAUUUCCCUCUGAACUAUGAUGAGUUUACUCAGAGCAGUCCAGAGAGCUAUGGCAACAUGCUGCGGGAAAAAGUCAUCGGUGGCAACACAUAUCGAUCUUUAGUUGGCGCUAGGCCUCCCUUUGUGUACCUCUACCUCGACGGCAACUAUGGUUUCCAUGACAAGCUUUUCUACUGUGAAGACGACCAGCAGUUCCUGAAAGGUGUACCGUGGUUGAUCAUGCGAACUGAUAUGUACUUUGUGCCAUCGCUGUUCCUUAUUCCAAGUUACCAGGAUGAACUGAGCAGGCUAUUUCCCGAGAAAGACACUGUUUUCCAUCACUUGGCACGCUAUCUUUUUCACCCGACAAAUGACAUAUGGUAUUCAGUGACAGCAUACUACAAGGCCUACCUUGCCAAAGCUGAUAAAAGAGUGGGAGUUCAGAUCAGAAUAUAUGAAACAAAAGGCAUCUUGCAAAGAAAUGGCCCAUUUCCACACAUUUUAGAACAGAUCCUUUCAUGUGCUCAGAAUGAAAAGCUGCUGCCAGAAAUCGGUGCAACUGCUGAAGCAGCAGCGGUAACAGCUGGUAAGAACCAAACAAUCGCCGUGCUUACUACAUCUUUGAGCUCGUGGUACAGCGAUCAAAUCCGGAAAAGGUACUCCGAGCACCAGACAGUCGACGGCACCACCGUGAAAGUAUACCAGCCGAGCCACGAGGAGUACCAGAAGUCGAAGAACAAGAAGCACAACAUGAAGGCGCUGGCGGAGAUCUACCUGCUGAGCAUGACCGAUGUGCUGAUCACCAGCGGCUUCUCCACUUUUGGCUAUGCCGCUCAGGGCCUCGCCGGCAAAACACCGUGGAUCCUGUUCAGGUCCACGAACCAUGUCGCGCCGGAUCCGGCUUGUGGCCGCGGCAUGUCCAUUGAACCAUGCUUCCACAAUGCUCCCUUCUAUGACUGCAAGGCGAAGAGGGACAACGUGGACCUGGGCAAGGUGGUGCCUUACGUAAGGCGCUGCGAGGAUGUCAGCUGGGGGCUGAAGAUUGUAAACCAAACCCAGCUGUAACUGUAAUUGUUUUUCUUUGACACAUUUAUUUGCUGAUAAAGUAGGGUAGACUUAUUUUUUUUACAGAAAGAAAUGUUCCACAGUGUAUUUUAUUUUCCUUGGUGCAUUUGAUCCAACUGUAGAUAGUGUAAAGACAGGCCAUACAUAGGGGGAAAGAAUUACUACCUUUCUGAUCAUUAUAACUCCCGGAGUAUUUCCAGUUUUGCAA